GUAGGACUCAUAGAAGUGAAGAAGAGGAGAGCUACAGGCUGAUCGUGGCGUGUCUCUGUCGUGGCCAGGGAAGCGAGAAACGUGGCUGUGUGGCAAAAGUCACCUGCCCCUCUCAAAUGACUGUGCGUACCUGGGAGCGCUUUGCUGACUCUGUUCUUAAGAGUAGGAUGUUACUGCGCAUUGUAAUCCCUUGCAGAGCUGGUUUUGUCAUUAGAGAUUUAUGGACUGCCUCCCAAGGGACUUUACUGACCAGUCUUCUAAACAGUCCAAAGUCCACCCUUCGGAAGCCCAAGGUGCACUACAAUGUUGGCAAAAACCUGGCUGACAAAGGAAAUCAAAGUGCUGCAAUCAAAUACUACAGAGAAGCUGUAAGGUUGAACCCUAAAUAUGUGCAUGCCAUGAACAACCUUGGAAAUAUUCUGAAAGAAAGAAAUGAGCUCCAAGAAGCAGAAGAGUUGCUGUCCUUAGCUGUACAAAUACAACCUGAUUUUGCUGCUGCAUGGAUGAAUCUGGGAAUAGUACAGAACAGUUUAAGAAGGUUUGAAGAGGCAGAGCAAAGCUACUGGACAGCAAUUAAACAUAGGAAAAAAUAUCCAGAUUGUUACUACAAUUUAGGGCGGUUGUAUGCAGAUUUGAAUCGCCAUAUAGAUGCAUUGAAUGCGUGGAGGAAUGCUACAGUUCUGAAACCAGAGCAUAGUUUGGCUUGGAACAAUAUGAUUAUAUUGCUUGAUAACACAGGCAAUCUAGCUCAAGCAGAAGCGGUUGGAAGAGAGGCCCUGGAAUUAAUACCUAAUGAUCAUUCCCUUAUGUUUUCAUUGGCCAAUGUACUGGGAAAGUCGCAAAAAUACAAGGAAUCUGAAGCUUUGUUCCUCAAGGCAAUUAAAGCCAAUCCAAAUGCUGCCAGUUAUCAUGGUAAUUUGGCUGUGCUCUAUCAUCGCUGGGGAAAUCUUGACUUAGCAAAGAAGCACUAUGAAGUCUCUCUGAAGCUUGAUCCUGUGGCACCCGGGACCAAGGAAAACUACAACCUCUUAAGAAGAAAACUGGAGCAAUUGCAAAAGAAAGGCGGUGCCUGA